GAGUGGCCAAAUUCAGUCUCGGUCCAUCAUCUCCGGCAGUGCCCUAAUUUUUUCGAUUUUGCCCUCUCUCCUUCAGGAUUCUUCUUCGCGUCGCUCUCCUUCAGUGGAAAGACACUUGUAUUAGUUGUGGACUUGAGGCACAGUUUUGAAGCUGAGGCCAGAGGUGAAAAGAUGCUUCAAAUCCGGCUUAGCAACAAGGCUACAGCUUCAGAAAGUGGUGUAGGGGCAAAGCUCCCAUCAGGGGAGACUGUGACGGUUGCAUGCCCUGAUCACCUUGUCCUUGCUGAGCUUCCUGUGGCCAAGAGCCUUGGUUCUGCUAGUGGUGUUACUCUUGUGAAAACCGUUGGUCGUAGGUCCCGUCGCCCACUUGGUGAACGUGUCCAUUUCUGUGUUCAAUGUGAUUUCCCCAUAGCUAUUUAUGGACGUUUGAUUCCUUGUGAGCAUGCCUUUUGCUUGGAUUGCGCUAGGAGUGACUCUAUAUGCUAUUUGUGUGAUGAUCGUAUUCAGAAGAUCCAAACGAUUAAAAUGAUGGAAGGCAUCUUCGUCUGCGCAGCUCCACAUUGUCUAAAGUCCUUCCUCAAGAAAACCGACUUCGAGUCUCAUGUACAUGCUGUCCAUUCUCAUCUUGUUAACUCAAAUAAUACUCAAAAAGAUGGAAACGAAUCUGAAAAGAAACCAACAACUUCCGAUUCAACGGUUCAAGCACCAACUCCAAGGCCGGUCCAAGAUGGUGAAGACCGCGCUCAACGGUCCCAACCACCUGUUAGGCCACUCAUGCAGCCGAAGCCGAUGGAUAACAGACCCCAUGGUUUUGAUGGGCAAACUUCGAUGCAUCUUCAGCAACAGAAUUUUGAAACGGGAGGUGGUCAGCAACAAGGUAUUAUGUCCCAAUCUCCUUAUCCGGAAUACCCUAUGACCGCCCUCCAGCCGCCCAAUUUUGUAGUACCCGUCAACCCAAAUGUAAUGGGCCCCACUUCAUUCGGUCAACCACUUUACGUGAGUCCUCAAGGCCCGGAAGGUGGCAUGGAACAAGGAUCAUUGAUGGGUUAUCCUCAACCUUGGAACAUUGGACCGAAUGGUGCACCAUUUGACCCUACUUCUAUGAUGAUGAAUCAAGGUGGUCUUGACCAUGGAAGAAUUGGCUUCUUUCAAGGAGCAAAUGGUAAAGAUUCCAGGGAUGGAAGAGGGAUCUUAGCGGCAACACCGUCGCUGCCACCACCACCACCGCCACUACCGCCUCCAUUUUCACAAAUGCCGGGCAGUUUCUUUGGCGGUGACACGAGUCACCAUGGACAGGGGUACGGGUGGCAACAAGAUAAGCGCGAUGGUUUUGGAAACAGUCAAGAUUGAUUUAGCUAGAGGUGUUGGCUAGUUUCUGAGAUGAUUUAUAACUUGUUAUUUUCAUAUAAAAUCAUAAAAUUCGCAUGAUUCAGACUUUUCUCUUCGUGAUCUUGGCUCUGUUCAUCGUAGUUUUUGUUAGUGUAA